GGCGGGGUGGCUCCGCCCACAUUCUUUGGGCCUGACGUCACCGCCGCCGUGUUUUUUAUGAAUGAGAGAAUCGGAGAGUAAUUCCGGGAAAAGGCGGACUGACAUUUUAUCGCUCUGCAGACGCGCCUCGACCGGACUCGGCUGUAUCAAUAUAUACACGUUUAUCGCGACGCCGCCACCGCCGCCGCCGCUCUCGAACCCUUGACUUCCGCCGCUAGCGCCACCGCGGAGACGGGCUUCGACCGAGAACCAGCGCGAAUAAAGGACGAAUCGUCUGAAUCUGCGUCGAGACUUGUUUCUGGUGGAGGAAAACGCCGAGGCCGAAGCGGGACCAUGACCUCAGAGAGGACCAGCAAAGCCCUGAAGGUGAAGCGGGAGUGCGGCGAGAAUGUGCCCAUCCUGUCCGACAGCGAGCUCAUGUCCCUGUCGGUGCGGGAGCUGAACCUCCACCUGCGCGGCCUCUCCCGCGAGGAGGUGCAGAAGCUGAAGCAGCGCCGGCGCACGCUAAAGAACCGGGGCUACGCCGCCAGCUGCCGGGUGAAGCGGGUGUCCCAGCGCGAGGCCCUGGAGCAGCAGAAGAAGGAGCUGCAGAGGGAGGUGGAGCGGCUGGGGGCGGAGAACGCCGGCAUGAGGAGGGAGCUGGAGGGCCUGGGAGCGCGCCUGGCGGCCCUGCAGAGGUUCGCCCGCGGCCUGGAGGCCGGCGGGGGGAACCUGCUGGCCACGGCGCCGCGCCUCAAUACAGCCUCCGUCAUCACCAUCGUGAAGAGCCCUCCGCCACAGUCCCAACCACAGAGGGAGCAGGGGGGGUCGUAGGAGGAGAUGCUGGGACCAGAACUGGACACACAGUCUUCAGUGCAAACACACAACACAACACAACACACACACACACACACACACAUAUAGACAUGACACAUCUAGGAAAAUAGGAGGAAGAUGUUAAGCACUUAUUAAAUACUUGUCUGCUUUUAUUGUCAAUCACAAUGCUUCACACUCAGUCAGCACUUGCAGUCUCACACACACACACACACACACACACACACACACAAGGUUACAUGUACACCAAGCUCACUUUCAUUCCCACAUACACACCGAUGGCUGACCAAAAGGAGGCCCGGCAACAUCGUCAUCCCCACCAUCCCUCGACAAAGCCAGUUGUUAAGCUGCACACCACCCCUCCUCCCGUCCCCCCCUCGUUGGCGGCGUUCUGCUCUCUCCCGCGUCGUGAGACCCGACAAGACGGCUAAACCGGCGCCACACGGCAGGCGGCGUUGACUCCGUCGGUCCCACGACGCGAGGCGUCUCUCUCUCUCUCUCUCUCGUCCCACCGACGGGGAUUUGAAACGGAGCAGCAAACCCGCACGAGCCGCCUCGGUUUUUUUGUGGUUUACCUCGAACCGUUGACCGAGCGGGCGAAGCAGCCCGUGUCAUGGUGUCUGUCUGUGAGCGGAAGCCUCUCUUAGAUUAACCCAUUGCCUUUAAUCCGUAUGGGGUGGGGUGGGGUGGGGUGGGGGGUGGGGUGGGUUAGAAAUAACGGUGUCCGAUCUCACGCAGGUUUCCUUGUUAUGUUAAAACUCGUACACUUUAGUGACGUGUCUGAGCUCUCGCGUGUCCCUCUGGUGUCCCGGGGGAGUUACUGUGCUUUGCCGUGUCCCUCCGUCUGCAGUGACUUUGUAUGUAGAAAACCCAGAGCGAAGCUUCCCCCCCCCCACACACCCCACCCCCACCACCCUCCAUCCACCCGCCUCCCAACAAAAGACAGUUGUGUUUUUGCGGGGAGACGCACCACACGAGGCCCAUCCUAUAAGGACUACACUCAGAUCAGUGCAAACGACACAAAUGCAUUCCCACCGAUCAGUUGCUGGUUUGUUUUUGUUUCGUUUCCAGUGUAAUAUUGUGCAUACCGAUGAAAGACGACAAUGUUGAGCAACAUUUACCAGAGCUAUAUUCUCUAUUUUAUUUGUAUUUAAAAAGAUAGACAAGCUAACGAGUGCUGUGGUGUCUGUAUUGUUUUUGGUUUUUGUUUUUUUUCCAAAGUACUUGUGUCAGACUAGUUUGGGGAUAUUCUCACGUUUAAUUAUUGUACUGAGGAGUGAUGAUGAAGAUGAUGAA